GGUUGCUAGUACAGAGCCCCCAUGUACGCCUUUUACUCGCUGCUGGUCUACAUUUUCUACACCCUCUUCAAGAAGGAUGGCGGCGAGGAGGAGGAGGAGGAAGAAGAAGAAGGCGGGGCAAGGGGGCAGCAGCAGCCCCCCGACGGGCAGAACGGCGCUCCCCAGGACUGCAAAGCCUUUUCCAUGGAGCAAUCAAGGAGGACCAAAAAAGCCCUGAGCAAAGACCCCUGGAAGGAGCUGAGUGAACUGGACAGCAGCUCAGAGAGCGACAGAAGCAACAAUACAGAGGAGGAAGAAGAAGAAGAAGAGGAGGAAGGCCUUGGGUUGGGGGACGCCCCGACUCCGCUCACUGAGUUCCGGUCCCUCAAGACGGAGGCUGCUGCAAAGGCCCUCCUUGGGGAAAAAGACCCAGUCAGUGGAAAGCCUCCCGAGUCCCCUCUCCUCUCGGUGAUCUCCCACCUCCUCUCCUUCCUGGAGCAUUAUGCCCAGAUGCAGCAGCUGCAAGAGCAGGCCGGCGAGUAUCGCUCCCGCCUGCACAAGGAAGAGAGUCGCCGCCGCAAGCAGCUGAGGGGGCUGAAGAGGGCCUACCGCCAGCGGGUGAAGGACAAGCUGAGCCUCAUUGAGAGCCUGGAAGGAAUCAUCUCUGAGCAGCAAGGCUUGCUGGAGAAGAUGCACGAAGGUGUGAAGCUGCCUUCAGCCUGCCUGCUCUACCCAGUGGCCUCGGCUGGGGUGCACCAGCUGGUGGAAUCCAUCAGCACCCUCCAGGGCGAGAGGAGCCGGCUGUCAGAGGAGGUGACAGGCCUCCGGCAGCAGGCGGAAGUGCGGGAGAGAGAGAAGCAGCGGCUGGCCGGGAGUUUCCACCAUCAGAUCCAGGGGCUGAAGCAACAGAUCCAGGAGCGUGAGGAGGAGCUGGAACGGCUUCGCAUGGGCACGGGUGUGACCGACUCGGAGAAGAGGAUCCACAACCUGACGGUGGAGAACGAGGGGCUGAAGCAGAGCCUGAAUAUCACCCAGGGGCUCCUACAGCAGCUGGCCACUGUCUCCGCACAGCCCCCUGCACAUCUGGUGAAGGAGAACGAGGACCUCCGCACCAAAGUGCAGCAUCUGGAGGCCACCUUGCAGCAGAAGGUGGAAGAGCUGAUGUCCCUCGAGGUGCAGAUGGACCGGCUCCAGUGGCGCAAGGAGGAGGAGGUGCGCCACCUGGACGAACGCCUGCGAGGGCUCCAGCUCUCUCUGGAGGCGCAGAAGAGCCGGCCCCCUGAAGUGCAGUACAUCACCAAGACGGUGGAGGUGGACUCCCCCCGUAGCCUCCGGGCUGUGGCAGAGGCCGAGGAGCGGAACCGCGCCCUGAUGGAGCAGCUGAACACCCAGGCGGAGAGGUGCCAACAGCUGACGGAGCAACUGCAGAGCUCCGAGGAGAUGACAGCAAGCCUGAAGCACAAGAUCUCCGACUAUGACUUUGAGAUUGCCGGUCUGCGUCGGGAGCUGCUGGGUGAGAUCAACCAGUUGGAGGCGCAGAAGGAACAGGCCAUCCGGGAAGCCUCUCAGUGCUCUGAGAAUCACCUCCAGCACCUGCGAGAGCAGCUGGCAGGAGUCCGCCAGCGCCUGGACACCCUCCAGCCUCUCCUCAGGGGCAUGAAAUCGGACUAUGGCAGCCUUCGCGGGCAGGUGCGCAGUUUUGCAGACUGCUACGAGGCAGCCCUCAACGAGGCUCGGCAGCAGAUGUGCUCAGCCAUUGGCGAAGUGUCUCACGCCAACCGCCUGCUGGAAGAGAGGUACCAGCGGGAAGUGCAGCUGCGGAAGAAGUACCACGACCAACUCCUGGAGCUGAAAGGAAACAUCCGGGUUCUGUGCCGACUGAAGCCGCUGAGCCAGGAUGAGCAGCAGGGAGGGGAAGGGGGAACCACGGUGGCUGCAGACCCGGCAGACGACGGCUGCGUCACGGCCUCCUACAAAGGCAAGGCACGCACCUUCAAGCUGGACAAGGUCUUCUUGCCGCAGGCCACCCAGGAGGAGGUCUUCCUGGAGAUCGAGCCGCUGGUCAUGGCCUGCCUGAAUGGAUACAACGUCUGCAUCUUUGCCUACGGGCAGACAGGCUCUGGCAAGACCUACACCAUGGAGGGUGUUUCCGACAACCCCGGGAUCAACCAGCGGGCGCUGCAGGGCCUCUACCAGGAGAUGGAGGCCAAGCGUGACGCCUGGAAGUAUUCGGUCAGCCUCAGCAUGGUGGAGAUAUACAACGAGGUGAUCAGGGACCUCCUUGCCAGGGAACCCCAAGAGAAACUGGAUGUGAAGCUGAAUCCGGACGGGAGUGGCCAAUUGCACGUGCCAGGACUGACCAGCGUGGAGGUGCACAGCCUCCGCCAGAUCAAAAAGAUGCUCUCGCUGGGCAAGCGGAAUCGGGCCACGUACGCCACCAACAUGAACGAACGCAGUUCCCGCUCGCACGCCCUCCUCACCGUCAACAUCACUGGCACUGAGCUGGCCAGUGGCACCCAAGUCACAGGGAAGCUGAAUCUGGUGGACCUGGCCGGCUCGGAGCGGGUGUGGAAGUCUGGCGCACAGGGAGAGCGCCUGAAGGAGGCUCAGAGCAUCAACAAGUCCCUGCUGGCUUUGGGAGAGGUGAUCCAGGCCCUCCGCACCAAGCAGGCGCACGUUCCUUUCCGCAACUCCAAGCUCACCUACCUGCUGCAGGAUUCUCUGGGCAAAGGCAGCAAGACCAUCAUGAUGGUGCAGAUUUCUCCGCUGGAGAAGAACGUGGGCGAGUCUAUCUGCUCCCUCAAGUUCGCCCAGCGCGUCUGCAAAGUGGAGCUUGGCCCAGCCUCCCGGCGCAUCGACUCCUCUGCCCAGCGAGAGGUUUGAGCUGCCCUUGACCCCGUGAGGAAGAGAAGGACUUGGAGCAAGUGCAAUGACAGGGGGCGCAGGCCUCCUCUUCAACAGACAAGCCUUCUUCUCCCAAGCAGGCUGGGCCGGAGAUCGGAAAAGCGUCCCUCUGCCCCCCCCCUUUACCUGAGCACCAGUUUCUACAAAGCUUUCCGGGGGUUCGGAUGACAGACAGCAGCCCUGCACUGACUCUGGGAUGGCCUUCCUCCACCU